GCAGCCCCGGAGCGAGGUGCGGGCUGUUCGCUGCACGACCCGAGCUGUCCCGCGGCGGGGUCAGCUGUGCCCGCGGGGCCGCAGCGGCCGAGCCCCAUGGGGCGGGGGCAGCGGCAGCCUGGCGCCGCCCGCCCCUAGGCCUCCGUCCUUCCCGCCCCUCGGCCGGCCGCAGCAUGCCGGCAGCUCUGUGCCUGCUGUGGCUGGGCUGGCUCUGCAGCCUCUGCCGCGGGUACUUCGAGGGUCCGCUGUACCCCGAGAUGUCCAACGGCACCCUGCACCACUACUUCGUCCCCGACGGGGACUACGAGGAGAAUGACGACCCCGAGAGGUGCCAGCUGCUCUUCAGGGUGAGCGAUCAGCGGCGGUGCGGUGCGGCGGCGGGCGGCGGCCUGAGCCUGCGGGAGGAGCUGACCGUGCUGGGCAGGCAGGUGGAGGACGCGGGCAGGGUGCUGGAGGGCAUCGGCAAGAGCAUCUCCUACGACCUGGACGGGGAGGAGAGCUACAGCACCUACCUGCGCCGCGAGUCCGCCCAGAUCAGCGACGCCUACUCCAGCUCGGACCGGUCACUGAGCGAGCUGGAGGGCAAGUUCCGUCAGGGGCAGGAGCAGGGCGGCCGGGAGGAGGCCCGCCUGGGCGACAGCUUCCUGGGGCUGCUGCUGCACGCCCGUGCCCUGCUGCGGGAGACCCGCCACAUCUCCAGCGGGCUGCGGGACAAGCACGAUCUCCUCGCCCUCACCGUCCGCAGCCACGGCGCGCGCCUCAGCCGCCUCAAGAACGACUAUCUCCGCGCCUAAGCCGGAGCUGGGGGGCUGCCCUCGCCCCGGGGGGUGCCAGGGUUGCUCCUCUGGCUAGAGGGAGCACGUCCCUCACGCAAAUACACCCGGCAUCCUGGAAAAACUUAUUUAUUGUGUUUGACUGCCUAAGCUAAUCGCGCGUCUCUAUAAACCACGAGGCUUUUGAGGUAUGUUUAAGUUAAUAGCCCAUAUUUAAAGAAAUAAAUUACUCCGUUACAUCGUUCGCCUUUGGUUGCAAAGCAGAGUAAGCUGGCUCGUCUCCCAUUCCCUGCCUUCCGUUUAUGUGCCCCCUGCCCUGCUGCGGCUCACCUGCCUCGAGCAUUGACACGUUGAGGUGCUCACCCGCCACGUCCGGACUCACGUGUAGCGGAUGCUUUUAAAUUGCUUUUGUGGCUGCUCCCCUUCAGAGUGAAACCUCUGUUAACUUUCCUUAACCUUUUGUAACGGUAUUUUACGCGCCUUAAACGUUUGUCCUGCUACAUCAACUUAAAGCUGUGAUUUCCAUUUAGCGUUUUGAAAGACGGGAACUAUUCUGGCAGGAUUUGUACUCUUCCAGGCUUGCUUAUCUGUGACUCUAAGCUAUCGUAACCCCAAGAGCCAGCCAAAAAGGCUUAUGUCAGAUCCUGAGAAUGCUGAUGUGGAUUUUUAUAGUAUGGAGAAGGAGCUCUAGUGGUGACUGUAGUUUCAGAUCCCAAAUUUGAGAGCCGGGUUUUUUGGAGCACAUUUCUAAAGCAGACAAAAACGUUUUGUCUGUGCCAGCACAGUGGCAUUUCUUGUUAGUGCCUUUGUACUUUUGCUAGCUAAGCUAUUAAUAAAGUUAUUUGUGCUCCCAGACAAUAGCAAAAGUGCCUACUGGGAAGGAGGGGGAGGAUUGUUUGGGUUUUUAGACUCAUUGCUAUUUAAUUGUCAAUUUGGGGUAAUAUAGCUACUAGGUUACAGAUACUGCAGGCAGAAUCACUGUUUGGAUGGAAACAGUUCAUAUGUUGUUUUAAUAAAUAUUUGAAAACAAUGUUAAAGCACUUUUUUUUCUUUUAUUGUUCAGCUUGAUUUAAAACAUGCUGUUUGUAAUAUGUCUUUUCACCAGAAAACUGCAAGCCUGUAGAUCCUGCCAAAUGCAAUAACUUGCUUUUUAGUAAAAACAAAUAAACAUUUACAGCCUCAAGAGGUAAGGAAGUUUCAUUGAAAGCAGUAACACAGAAGGGCACAGAGGGUGGAUGUGUUUUGAGUUUUGUAAGACUCUUUAAGAAACUUGUGUCCUCAUGACCCUGGAAGAGAAGCUUUUUGAUGCACACAAGAGAUCUGAUCUUGUUAACUCUCCUGGUGUUCAGUUAUACUGUGUUCUGCAAACCAUCCCAUUGGCAAGAUCCUCAUCAUUGCAGCAGGUCAACAGAAGUCACUUGGGACCAGGGCACUGAAGGCUCCGGGAAGUGUCUGAUGAAGGUAUGUGCUUACAGAGCCUCUGGACCAUCCAAGCAGUUCGCUUUCACUAAAGGCAGUGAGGUGCAGCUCCUAGCAGGAUGCUCUAAGUGACAAUUUGCACCUUUAGAUCUUUUGGAGAUCUGCCUGACUGACUUCAGUGGAACUGCUUGGUCUUAUGUUCAAGUAUGUUGUCAAAGUAGAAGGUAUUAAAGGUUAUAGCUAUUAAAAAUUUCCUUUGGUUGUGAUACUUUCCUUGCCCCUGGAGUUAGAUGGAACAACACAAGUGCAAACAAGGCCCUCUGAGUCACUGGGACUUGCCUGCCCACUCUCACAGCAAACCAUGCAGCAUUUCUGAGAUGGACCAAGCUCUGGAUAGUUCAUUCAUGUCUAGUCUCUCUCUGAGCCCUUUCAGAGCUAGAUGCCAAAGACAUCAUAAGGUUCCUUUUUAUGCCCAGAUGCUUCUUAAAAGGAGUUUUAGUCUCUGCUUACUUACUUUCUGGGUCCUUGGUUAUAAGAUGCAUUGUAAGAAUCAGUAAAGAAAAAUGGUAGGCCAUGCUAGAUUUUUUUUCCAUGUGAGAGCACUAUUCAAAUACUAAUAGGAAAAGAAUGGUAAUAGUAGUGUAAAACACAGCUGCUUGAAUAUGCUUUAAGCAGCUUGGCUACACUAUUUGCUGUAGCAAGCUUUUAGUCAAUCUCAAACUGUCCUAAUGCACGUAGCAUACGAAGAGAGUAAAUGUUUGCAGAGUACUUACUUCUCAAAGCAGGAGAUUACAUAAACUGUGGAGAUUUACAGCAUAACUCAUUCUGCUCAAUACUUCUGUCUGUAAAUUGUUCUGUAAAAUCCACACUAAGGUUUCGUAAGUAGGAAUACUUUUAUAAAUAUCUUCAGUUAUGUUUAUAUACAUUUCAGUGAAACAAACUUUUAUUUGAAACUGAAACAAAAACUGGAGUUCUACUCUGUAACAUUGAUUAUAAAAGGCUUUAUUCAAAAAGAAAAUGCAUAUAUCUGAGUCUGUUCUCUGUGUAAAUUCACCUGUUUAGUAAAAAAAAAAGCCAACCUUACAUGGAUUUGAUGAAGCCAGUACAAAACUCUUAGGAUAUUUGAACUUACUAGAGUUUGAUUUACAUCCUUUUGGUUGAUCUAAGCAGAUGUAUAUAUUAAAUGUAUCAAUUUUGAGUCAGAGCUGACACAUUAAAUGGCUUUAUACAACCUA